GCUCGCUAUUUCAAUUUGUUUCGAAAAUCUUUCUAAACGAUAUGUUAAUGAAUCGGCGUAUUUAGACCUCUGACGAUGGAUGCACUAGUUAGGUAGAUAGCUAACUUCAUCAGGCUGGUUAGGUAAUGUGAGCGUUAUUGCCAGCCUGAUCAUCAAUCUAACAGCAUAGGAGGGACGUUUCCUAAUCACGCCGAUAGCACGUUUCAAAACAAGUCAAUAUGGCAAAUCUGGAGCAGUGGGUGAAUGACCGUCUGCAUGACAUUCUGGGUUUGAGUGACAAGUAUGUGGCCCAAUUCAUGAUCGGCUUGGCACGCCGGGCAUCUGGGCAUCAGGACUUUGUUUCUCGCCUCCGGGAGACGGGCACGAUUGACAUCGACCAGAGAGUGGCCGCCUUCGCAGAGGAGUUAUACAACAAGAUUCCCAGGAAACAAGUCGUGGAGAAGCCAUCUCGAGCGAAGGAGCGGGAAAUUCUGGAGCUAGAGAGAAAGAACCGCACGUACACUAUACUGGAGGACAGUGAGAGCGAGGGAGAGGGACUGAGAGAGCGGGCGAAGGAGAGCAAAAAGGACAAGGACAGGGGGCGGAAGAGAAAGCACCUCAGACAGAAAAGGGAGGAGAGCCCAUCGUCUGGUGAAGACGAGAGGAACAACAGCAGUAAGAAGGCUGUAGCUGAGAAGAAGAGGGAUGAGGAGAAAGAGGAAGAGGAGGAGGAGUGGGAGAAGGAGGAGAGAGAGCGACUGCAGGACCUGGAAGAGAGGGACGCCUUUGCUGAGCGAGUGAGGCAAAAGGACAAGGACAAGACCAGGCACAUACUGGAGAGGAAUGACAAAAAGGCCUAUGAGGAAGCCCAGAAGAGGCUGAAGAUGGCUGAAGAGGACCAGAAAAAAAUGCUGCCAGAGUUGAGAAAGCAGUCACGGCAGCAGUACCUGGCCACACGAGCCGUCGAGAAGCUGGAAGACCUGGAAGCGGAGAUCGCCGAUGACGAGUACCUCUUCUCCAGCCAAAAUCUGACGGAGAAGGAGAAGCAAGAUCUCCAGUACAAGCGCACAGUCCGAGAUCUGGCCAAGGACUACAAGAAGGCAGGAGCCAAGGAGAAGGAGGAGAGGAAGAACAGAUACUACAUGCCAGAGGAGAAAAGGAGCAAGACAGUUCCCCAGCGGGACUUGGAGCUGGACCUGGAGGAGACGGGCCGCGAGGGUGGAGGGGAGCAGGGCCGCUGGGAGGAGGAGAGGCUCAGCGCGGCCGCCCUGCACUUCGGGGCGAAGGAGGAGAGGGAGCGGAGGAUGAAGGAGAAGGAUGAGAAGUAUCAGCUGGUGCUGGAGGAGGAGGAGAUGAUCAGCUUCGUCAGCGCUGUCACCAUGAAAGGGACGCGGGCAGAGAAGGAGCAGAGUGAGCCUGUCAUGUCUCAGGCAGAGCAGCAAAGGCAGUCCAUCCAGGAGGUGAGACGCAGCCUGCCCAUCUUCCCAUACAGAGAGGAUCUUCUCUCUGCCAUCAGCCAGCACCAGAUCCUUGUCAUCGAGGGCGAGACGGGAUCCGGCAAGACCACCCAGAUCCCCCAGUACCUCAUGGAGGAGGGCUACACAGAGGGAGGGAUGAAAAUAGGAUGCACCCAGCCGCGGAGAGUGGCAGCAAUGUCGGUGGCAGCCAGAGUGGCACAGGAAGUGGGAGUGAAGCUUGGCAAUGAGGUGGGGUACUCUAUCAGGUUUGAGGAUUGCACUUCGGAGCGCACAAGGUUGAAGUACAUGACAGAUGGGAUGCUCCUCAGGGAAUUCCUCACUGAACCAGACCUCGCCAGCUACAGUGUGAUUAUAAUCGAUGAGGCUCACGAGCGGACCCUGCACACCGACAUCCUCUUCGGCCUGAUUAAGGACAUUGCUCGGUUCCGACCUGACCUGAAGGUUCUGGUGGCCAGCGCAACUCUCGACACAGAGCGCUUCUCCUGCUUCUUCGAUGACGCACCCGUCUUCAGAAUCCCAGGGAGGAGGUUCCCUGUGGACAUUUACUACACUAAGGCUCCAGAAGCAGAUUACCUGGAGGCAUGUGUGGUGUCAGUGCUGCAGAUCCACGUCACUCAGCCUGCUGGAGAUGUGCUGGUCUUCCUCACUGGACAGGAGGAGAUUGAGGCUUGCUGUGAGCUCCUGCAGGAGAGAUGCAGGCGGCUGGGCUCCAAGAUCUCGGAGCUGAUCAUACUUCCCAUCUAUGCCAACCUGCCCUCUGAUAUGCAGGCAAAGAUCUUCAAUCCCACACCUCCAGGGGCACGGAAGGUGGUGGUGGCCACUAACAUUGCUGAGACCUCCCUCACCAUUGAUGGCAUCAUCUACGUCAUUGACCCUGGGUUCUGCAAACAGAAGAGCUACAAUGCUCGGACAGGAAUGGAGUCCCUCAUUGUCACACCCUGCUCACGGGCGUCAGCAAAUCAGCGUGCAGGGCGUGCGGGCAGAGUGGCUGCUGGGAAGUGUUUCCGUCUCUACACCGCCUGGGCCUUCAAGAACGAGAUGGAGGAGACCACAGUGCCAGAGAUUCAGAGGACAAACCUGGGCAAUGUGGUGUUGCUGCUCAAGAGCCUUGGCAUUAAUGACCUCAUCCACUUUGACUUCAUGGACCCGCCCCCUCACGAGACCCUUGUCCUGGCCCUGGAGCAGCUCUAUGCACUGGGUGCACUCAACCACCUCGGGGAGCUCACCAAGCUUGGACGCAGGAUGGCAGAGUUACCAGUGGACCCUAUGCUUAGCAAGAUGAUCCUGGCCUCAGAACAGUAUAAGUGCUCAGAGGAGGUGCUGAGCAUCGCUGCCAUGCUGUCGGUGAACAACUCCAUCUUCUACCGGCCCAAAGACAAGGUGGUCCACGCCGACAACGCCAGGAUGAACUUUGUCGUACCCGGAGGAGACCACUUGGUGCUGCUGAACGUCUACACGCAGUGGGUGGAGAGCGGGUACUCCACGCAGUGGUGCUAUGAGAACUUCAUCCAGUUCCGCUCCAUGAAGCGCGCGCGGGAUGUGCGGGAGCAGCUGGAGGGGCUGAUGGACAGGAUUGAGGUGGAUGUGUGCAGUUGCCAGGGAGACAACGUUCCUAUCCGCAAGGCAGUGACUGCGGGAUAUUUCUACCACACGGCACGGCUCAGCAAAGGAGGCUACAAGACAGUGAAGCACCAGCAGACAGUCUACGUUCACCCUAACAGCUCCCUGUUUGAGGAGCAGCCACGCUGGCUCAUUUACCAUGAGCUGGUCUUCACCACAAAGGAGUUCAUGAGACAGGUGAUAGAGAUUGACAGCAGCUGGCUGCUGGAAGUGGCCCCCCAUUACUACAAGAGCAAAGAGCUGGAAGACAGCAGCAGCAAGAAGAUGCCCCGCAAACAGGGCAAGACGCGAGAGGAACUGGGGUGAAUGAGCGAGGGACGGAAUAUCCCAGCGAGCGAAGAGCUGGGGGUGACAUAGGGCAGGCUGGGUAUUAUCUCAGAAAAGGAGGAGCUCAAACAGUAGGAUAGGUCUUGAUUACCACGUGACCUGUCUUUGAGAGUUAAAUUGAAAAAAAUUUUUGUUAAAAAAAAAUUUUCGUUAAAAAGAAAUAUUUCAUUUUUCUAAGGUAAUGCAAGAGUGGUAUGUUAAGUUGUGUAGCUGUACAAAGGUUGAUACGCGAACGUUUGGCAUACAUGAGCUGGGAAUUCCAUUGAUUUUUAGCAGCCCUUGUUUACGUUUACUGUGAUUGGUUGGAUGAUGGCAUAAGCGUAAAGGCUCCCAAAACAAGGUCACGUGUCAGUGCGACCCAUUCUGUGUUCAUGGAGUGGCGUGACAGAGGAAGGAGUUGGUUUAACAUGGAAGCAGGGGAAUGGGGAUGCCAUGAAUACAAUAUGGACAGAAAAGAGAGGAGGAUCAGGGUGGUUAAAAGAAAAUACUGUGUCCAGUUCACUGUGCUGAGAGAAGGGAAGCGGCGCUGAACUUUGGACACAACUCUCACCUAGAUGCACACUGUCCACAAGUGGACAAGGCAACUCUUUCGCAAUGUACAAAAGUCAAUAAACAGUGCUGUACAGAUUUCUAAAAUGGUGUUUAUU